AGGCUCAGAAUAGUUCCAGAUGUGGCCAUGUUUAGUUUGAUCUCCGAAGUUUCGCUCACCGUCAUUGACUGGCAACAUUUUUAUAUUCUACUUGUAUAGUAAACACGCAUCUUGACCGAUCGCGUACUCUGCGUCGUCUUUGCUUUGCGGCUAAAAUAAUCUCGUUUUCUUUCGCUGCAACCAUAUGUUUUAUUGUUUAUAAACGCUUCUUGCCGAGAGAUCAAAGUCGAGCUGAGAGAACGACGCGUGCGAGAAAGAGAGAAAAGCACGCGCGUUCGCACGGACGUUUUUCUACGUUUCACGCGUUUUCUCAUCGUUCAGGGAAAAAGGGUGCGCUUGACAAUCCGUGAUUUGGACAUUCAGAAACCCGUCUCAUUUUCCGAGCUAACGCUAAAAAUCUCUCGCAUCAUCCUCCGUCUCAUCGAUCUCUCGGCAAAAAAGGGUCGCGCAUUAAACGAAAAAAAAGCUCCCUGGUAUCUCUGUCUCUCUCUCUGUCAAACGAAACAAAAAAAAAAGAGGAAAAAUAUAAACCGUUCGUCGUCGUUAUUCGAGGGAAACCAUAUUCGUCGUUGCCGAAGAAUAUAAUCGUGCGGUUGAAAAAUCGCCAGGAGUGAAAGCGUCGUUAUCAAGAGGGUUGAGGCAGAGAGAGAGGGGGAGAAUUGCGCCUCUCUCUCUCUCUCUCUCUCUCGAGAGACUACUCCCGAGGUUUCUUUUUUUAUUCCCCUCUUUUUUCCGCCGAAGUACGCAGGCGCGAGCGCGCUCCCAUUUUCAUCGCGUCGCACUUCCGGUUCGGGCUGCACAACGACGUAACAAACACAGAGACACACACACGAACGGUGGGAGGCAGGCAGAUGGGUGGGUAGGUAAAGAGAGAGAGAGAGAGAGACGCCUGGGUCAGCCAUAUGCCACGUCAGCCAGAAUGACGUCGUUCUCGCGACGAGAAAAGGAGGAUCGCGCGAUCUGACCGAAUUCCAUUCUGCUUGUCACGGGCUUUUUGGGAGAGAGAGAUCGCGAGGUCGCUCGCACUUAGUGAAAAAUAAUAUAUAUCCGCCGCCCUCUCGGCGAGAGAGAAAGAGAGAGGAAAAAGGAGGGUAAAAGAGUGCAAGAUAAUUCCGCAGAUUUCAUUCAGUUCGGUAGGAAAAACUUUUUCCAACAAGGACCUCCCGCGAGAGGUCCUUUUGUGACAGAGAGACAGAGAUUAAAGAAACGAGCGAUAAAAAGGGCGUUGACUGUCUGUACAUAAAGUUCUUUUCGGGAUUUAGCGUGAGAAAACGAGAGACAAGGAGAGAGAGAGACACGUAUAUAUAGUCGGUUCGUUCUCCACACGAACCGGCGGGUUUGAUUAAAAAAGCUCUCCUCGAAUGCUAGCGUCCAUUCGGGCAGCGCGAUUAUUCCGCCAGAGCAAAGACCUGUCGAGUGCGGUCGGUCGAAUCGAUCGUACGAUCGCCGAUCGGAUGACAUAUCGGCGGAUCCAGUGCUGAUAUAGAGAGAACUCGCUCAUACUUGUUAUUGUUCGCUUCGAGAGAGCCGAGAGACACGAAACAGAUCGUGAUCGAUCUGCGGAACCGAAUUACCGAAAAUGGCUGUAGAGAGUGUUUCCGCGCCUGAGACUCUAAUCCAAAGCAAUGAUAACGAUUUGGAAGAUGGAGAAAUUCCAUCAGAUGAAGACGACGAGCCAGUCGUCCGGGCAGCAAAUGAUGCAUCAGAGGCUGCUAAACCAACACCCAAGUCAGAUUCUGCAAAGAAUAAAAAUUUCGAUGCAAAGUUUAACAAGAAUAAAAAGCAGCAGCCUACACAGGCAGCUGGUAAACAUUUUUUGAAGUACAAAGGUCCAACUGAAGAUUGGGCUGGAGAUGUUGAAAAGGCCAUCAAGGCUGCUAUGGAAGAGGAUGGAGGGAAAAAUCAGGAAUCCAAAGCAAAGAACAAGAGUAACAGGAAUAAAGUUCGAAAAAGAACUCGUGAUGAGAAAGAAGUGGAUCGCAAUAAAGAAAAGAAACGAAAAUUGAGCGAGGACGAAAACACCAACGAGGAUGAAGAUGAAAUGCUAUUCGUACGAGGAGCGUCGCCGAUCAGGAAAGAUUCUCAAGAGAAUAAUAAUUCUCCCAGACGUACAAAUGAGCACGAAAAUUUCGAUAGUAAUUCAGAUUAUGAGGAAAGACCUAAUAUAAAUCGACACAGAGAAAAUGAUAGCAAACGCGGCACUGGACGUGGAGGAGGAGGAGGAGGGGGAUCGUGCUUCUAACACUUUUGUGAAUGUAUAAUAGGACGUCGCGGUGGUAAAAAUGAACGUGGUGGUAAAAACAAAACUCGAGGCCAAAUCCGAAACGAGCGAAAUGGUCGUCGACAGCAAAAUAACGACCAGGAGACAGAUACAAUUUGCGUAUAUUAUAUGCAAGGAAAGUGUCAUAGGGGAGACGAUUGUCCAUAUUCGCACAACGCUUUACCACCGAGAAAGAUGGAAUUGUGCAAGUUUUAUCUUAUGGAUUGUUGUGCUAAACGUGACAAGUGCUUGUACAUGCAUCACGAUUUCCCUUGCAAGUUCUUCCAUACUGGUCUGAAAUGUAAUCAAGGCGACAAUUGUAAAUUUUCACAUCAGCCUUUAAAUGAACAGGUAAAAAAUAUUCUUCUGAAACAUUUAGAAACUGCUCCAAAGGAAAUUCUUGGUGAUUUUCCAAGAUUAAGUAGAGAGGGUGCAAUGUUAAUGAUAAAUAAUACUGCACGUUCUCUAGCGCAAGGCCAAGAUGCGACAAAUCAAAAAAUUCCCAGUCUUUUCGAAUUGAAUCUGUCAGCACCUACUGACGAAAAAGAAGACAAAGAAACAAGUUCACAAAAACAAGCCAAUAUGAGGGAGAGGAAACCUUCUGGAAAGAAGACGCGAUGGGGUUCGGAUGAGGAUCGAGUUCCUUUCGAGCAGAUUAUGCUACUACAGUCGGCAACUAAAAUGAAUCUUCAGCUUCCAAACGCUGCAUUAGGUUUAGCUACGCAACAACAAGCGCAGGAGCAAUCUGCUGUACAAUUAGAUUUCUAUAGCGAAAGAAAUGUAGAAUCAAAUAAAACUGUACAAAAGACGAAAGAAGACUUUACGAAGGAUGUAGGAGAAGAUGAUAUAGUAGACAAGUCGAAAAAGAGAAAAGACGUUGAUUUGAGGCAAUUACUGAAUAAGAAGAAACCACCACCUGUUUAUCUAGCCGAUGAAGUAGCGAGUAUAUCGAAAAAUAAACCCGAUGAUGAGAGCGAUCAAGACGAAGAAGCGGAACUCAUUAUCGAAGUACCAACUGAAGAUGAAGAGAAAGAAAAGCAUCUCGAUAGCGAGCAAAAUGAACAUGACUGUUCCUUUUCCUCUACGGACGAACAUGAAGCGGUACCGUCUCAUUUGCCGAAGAAGGCGCAAGAGUUAUUCAUGCGAAUACAGCAGCAGCAACGCGCGGCGCAAGACAGUUUCAAGAACAUGGAAAAUGAUUCCAGUGCACGAACCGAUCAGAUCGUCGAGGAUUGGUAUUCGGAUGACGAGGACGUUGAUGACGACGAUGACGAGGAAGGUGGCAAUCUUACUAUAGUGGACAGUUCGAAGGAAGAGAUCGAGAUCUUGGAGAAAAAGCCGAACGUCGUUGUCAAGGAAGAGUUUCCGUCCCCGCCACCCGCGCCCAACGUGCCCCAACCGGCCGCUAUUGUGGACAAAUUGGGCGACUUGAGCAAAUUCGACAUCAGUGCCCAGGUGUCCAAGUUAUUAUCCACUAUAAAAGCUCAGAGCUCAACGAGCAACAAAGCGCAAGUGGCCAACUCGAGCCAAGACGCAUCCAAAACUAAAUCGGCGCAAGAUCCCAAACAGCCGGACAGCGAGUUGUCGUCGAGCCCGAGACUAUCACCGGGCUUGAGUUCGGUCGCCGCGCCCGUGUCUAGGGAUCCGCGCAUGUCUCGAGAUCCCAGACAACGCCGAGAAGUAGAACAGAAGCCGAGCAGUCCGAGCAUAUCCGACGCUAAGAGGGAAUCGCAGAAGCCUCUUAGGCUGGAAACGAGUAUCUACAGUUCCGGUAUCACCGCGAUGGACGCGAAUAUGGACACCGAUCUUCGGACCAGAGCGGAUCAGGAUCUUAGGCGGCAGGACAUGGACUUUCGACAGCGUUUUCAGGCCAGCGAGUUCGGCGACACAGAUCUUCGCGUGAAAUCCGACGUGGAUCUGCGACAGAUACUGAGUCUGCCGUUCAAACCGGCGCCCGCGCACAAGCCAUGUACCGAGAUCGACGCGAGUAUCGCGUCGCAUCCGCCAAUGCCGUACAAAGUUUACGUAGUGGACAUACCUAGGCCGGAUUAUACCGGUCUCAAGCUAACAAAGGAGGACGCGCAGGUCAAGUACGAUCCGCGCCUUCGUAAGAUCUUCCGUAUCGUCAAACCCGAGUUGGCCGACUCACCAAUGUCGCCGCCGCCGCAACAGAUCAAGCAGGAGACACCAAAAUCGCCGCCGCAAUGCGCCGUUCGUACGGAUCCGCGACGGAAAACGCUCGAGGCAGCCGCUUCCAGUCAGCAGUCAUCUUCGCAAAACGUGAUUAACGUUUCCAAGGGAAUGCAGCCGAUGGAAACGAUGGGACCCAAUAUGGGUCUCGGUCCAGGCAUGCAAGUGGGACCACCUGGCAUGCCCGGACCGCCACCUGGUCCCGGAAUGCCGGGUCCACCACAGGGCAUGAUGGGCCCGAUGGGUCCGAAUUACCCGAUGCCUAUGGGCCCGAUGAGGCCCAUGAUGAAUGCCGGACCGAUGCCGCCGCCUAUGGGGAUGCCGCAUGGUAUGAACGGGCCUGUUCCGAUGCCGUCCCAGAAUCAGAUGAAUUUUGAUCCGCGUUUCAAUGUGCAACGUAACAACGGAGCUGGACUGUUGGGUCCCGCACCCGUUACCUUUGGGCCGGACAAUUCCUAUGAAGGGGGUCCACCCCCUUAUCCCUGCGCUGGCAGCUACAACAAUUUCGGAGGACCCGGCGGUGGCGGAAGUGGCGAGUCCGGUAUGAUGGGAUUUAAUCCAAACGGAUCGAAUGGACCCAGUUUUGGUCCUCCUAUGGGCGAUGAUUGGGGUCCGGGCAGCAAUAGACAGCGUGGUGGUCGUCUUCGUCGCAACAGAAAUCGCAAUAGGACCAAUAUGGUGACUAAUAAUUAAAAGAACCAGCAGAGUGAAUGAAUAUAGAUUGUGAACACCUGAUAAAAUAAUUCUCAUGAGCGAUCAAGCUGCAUGUAUGUGUGUAUACAUAUAUACAUAUACAUAUGUGCGUUCAUGCAACGUACUCGACUGUUUAUUAGUCUUUCCAUUUUGUUUUAACGCUAUCGAUACGAUGAUUAUAGAUUUAUUAUUGCUACAGAUUUAUUCUUAAAUUAUAAAUAUUUAUGUAAAUAUAUAUAUAUAUAUAAAUAUUCGUCAUUUUUGUUACUCACUUUUCGUUUAUAUAGAAAUAAAUCUGUAACUGCUAUAUUUUUGAAGAAAGUUUUGAUUCUGAAGAUUACUGUAUUAGUAAUGAUUACAAUCGACAAAUUAGAAACUAGUGAUGAAAGGAAAUCGAGUAGUAAGUCAUGUUGAACGUAAUUCAUUUCAAAUCAUUUUAAUAAAUACAGCAGGAGAAAACUGCAUCACAUGCAAUGCUUAUAACAAUACGCGAUUUUCUUGUCUGAAAAUCUGCACGUUCUAAGCAUUCAAAAACACUACCAUCACUUUGAUUGUAAUGUUCUGCAUAAAGUUUUCAACACGUUGCUAGUGAAAUAUAUAAUAUAAUUAUAAUAGUAAAAUAAAGGAUAUAUAUAGAUAUAUAUUCGAUGCGUAUCCGCUAGUUUAUAAAUAUAGAGUCCAUAAAAAAGACACUUAGCAUAAGUUAUAUCGAAAUAAGAGCAAACGAGUUGAUAAAGACGUUAAUCAAGUUGAUAGUUUUGUUGUCUUCCAUGCAAAUAUGGCACGUAAAGUGCCUGCGUCCAUUAUUGUCUCUUCAUACAACUUGCAUCCAUUAUUGUCUCUUCAUACAACUUGCGAUCUCAUGUAUCAAGUAACUCAUCGUAAAGAUUGAUGCACGAUCUUUAAUCGCGGAAUUAUAAAAAAUCUAACGUGAAAUGCAAUAUUUUGUAAAGAAAUUGAUAUAUAGCACUCGAUAGAAAAAGACUUUGUGGCAUGUAUGACACGAAAUACUUUUCUACAUUUAAAAGAAAAAAAAAGAAAUAUGCGCAAGCAUGUAAAUUCCGGUAUUGAAUCGAUUCAUGUUCAAAAUGACGCGACAUUCAAUAACAUUAUAUUCUUACGCAUUUUCGACGUAAAUUAUUAUUUAGCGUCUUCACUAAUUUCUUCUUAUAAAUUUGCGUGUGACUUUAAAUAAUAAUAAUGAUAAACUCUAAAUAUAUAAUGCUGCGAGAAAGCAGACCAAUUUCUCUAGGUGUACGUAUUUUCUUUAGGAUAAAUUUAGAAAUAAAAUACGAAAUAAUUAAAUCUUUAUUGAAUUAUUUAGAUGUUAUUCGAUGUUAAUCUAUGAUGCAAUUAUAUUUUCAUCUAUCGCUAUAUUAUUAUAUUAUACAGAGCAAAAUUACAUUUGUAAAGAAUAAGUUUACUAAUAUAUAGUAAGUUUUUUGUACAGAUGACAAUUGUUUCAAACGCAAAUUCUUACUGCUUUAUCUCGAUGAUGUAAAUAUUACUAUAUUAAUUCUGUGCACUUUUUGAAAUACAACUAUAUGAUAACUUAUGUAUAUAUGUAUAUAUAUAUCUCAUAUAUAUGAGAAAUGACAAAUUUUUAUAUGAUAUACAACUUCUAAGAAGAGUUGUAAUCUUCUUUUUUUCUAAUGCCAUCAAUAGUUAUUUCAAAAUUAGAAUGAAAAUGAGCGUCGAUUAUAAUUACAAUUCCAGGUACAUUUAUCAAUGUAUAAUAGAACUUAGAGGAUCAGCACGUAUCGAUGAUAGAUCCAAUCGUGCAUCCAUCUCGUCAUCUAACUCUCCUACUAUUGCUCUGAAAA